GUAUUGGCCAAACUAUGGGUCAGAUAGCCAGUGUGUUCCGGGGGAGGAACACACACGAGCGGGGAAACUCGCACGAUGAUGAGGACCCCGAAGCACAGAUAACGUUCUCCAACGCAGCUGGAUCGUACUUCGGAUCACACUUUCUCAUGUGCGGUUGCAAAUUCGAAAUGGCACGACCCGAGGCCUACCUAUUCGGAGAGAAUAGCGAUCUGGAUCAACUAGGCUCCAGAGCCCUGAGUUUUCCUUAUCCACCUGGACCGUUGGGAAACGAUGAAAUCAGACCACUCAACCUUCUUGUCAAUAUUCGAAAAGAAUCUGUUAAAUUUCAACGGGUAAAAAAGGAUAACGGAGAGUUGAAUGCAAACCUGUACCAACUCACUUUUGUAUUCGAUUGUGACAGUGCUUGUGUGAUACAAGUACACUUUCACGCAAAGGAAAUGUAUCACGAUGGAGAAAUUCAAUUUGCAUACCGGAAUCGCCGACCACAAAGCUCUGAAACUUUUCAUUUCGAAACGGGUGCUGAUCAGGUGUUUGGAGGAUAUGUUUUUGAUACCUCACGAUGGGAUACAAAUGAUCUUUCAUAUUCUUCUGGUCUAUACUAUCCAUUCGUCAUUUCCAUAACAACGUCAGGCGUAGAGAGCACUCAGAUGCAAACAACAAUGUGUACAAUUGAGACCGGUAACGACAGCAGUAAAGCGUUGGUGUUGAAACCUUUGCGACAAAAAAUUGCAUGUGAUGGAGUCACAUAUCUUCUUCAGGAAAUUUUCGGAAUUGAAAACAAGUCAGUUGAAACAAUGGAUGACGACAGUGGUUUGGAGUGCAUUAUCUGCUUAUCAGAUAUCCGUGAUACCGUCAUUCUCCCGUGUCGACAUUUAUGUGUAUGUAGUAACUGUGCUGAUUCAUUGCGAUACAAGCAUAACAACUGUCCUAUUUGUCGAUCACCAUUUCGAGCUUUGAUCCGUUUACGAGCUCACAGACAGACCAGGAAUCAAAUUUACGAAACUGUGAGUCUAGUGGAAGGUCUCAACGGGUCGCCAACUCCAAUCCCUACGGUCACUGAUCCAGUCAACCCAACAGUCAACUCUUCAACUCGACGAAAACGUCAUUCAAGUAGCAAAAGUAGCAAUGGGAAAUCAAUGCACCAAGUUCUCACGAUGGAGCAGCUAGGAGAUGAAGAAGUGAAGGAGUGCAUAGAAAUGUCUUAUAUUGCAAAUGAGCAUGACACCGAUGAGGACGACGAGGAUGAAAAGAAAAGAGUUUCUGAAAAAGAUGUACCCAUUAGUCAAGUUGAAAGUGAAGAUGGAUCCAGUGGGUCAAGUUCGCAACCACUUCAGAAACAUCACUCCUCCGUGUCGGACAUUUCAGAGUCAGAGGAAGAAUCCGAGCCACCACAACGCGAAGUUAGCAAACCUUCCGAAGAUUGUGAAUCUAAAAAAUCUGAAGAAUCUGAAGAUGAUGAACGAAAAUCCCAAGCAGCGCAUUCUGAUGAUGAUAGUGUUACAGCGAAUGAAGAUUCUGCGCGACGAAAUUCUGAAAAGAGACGUUCGUUCCAAACCAGCUCUCGGAACUCUUCUAGUCAGCUUUUGGAGCAGAAUAAGAAUUGAAAAGUCUUUUAUUUUUGUUUUCUAAGUGUAAAUUUAUCCCAAAUUUCUAAGUAUAGCUUUGAUUGCAUUCAAAUUGGCAUUUUCUCCUCCACAUUUCCUGGUAACUUUUGUCCGAGUAUGUUUUUUUUUUUUUGAAAUUGUUUUCGAAUUUGUAAUCAAAUUUUUUGAAUUCUUACCCAAAAUAACUUGUUCUUGUCAUAUAGCAGCAAUAAUCAAUUAUAUCUAUUUCUCUUGUGAUUACUGUAGCUCCGCGUGUGCACACAAAAAUUGUCUUGUCAUUUCAUUUUUUCUUUCAAUUUUUUACAUCUGUGGUAUUUGAAAAACAUUGGUUGUGGUACUUUUUUUUUUAUGUUAAGCGAUUUUCUGUAUAUGUUAUGAAGUUUUCACACG